ACAUAGAACCCUAAACCCACUUCUUUCUUAUCACCAAGAACCUGCUAGGCACUGAAUCCAUACUUAACAUUAAGAGGUGAUCAAGAAAUAAUUAAAAUGGGUUCAAAAGCACUAGCAUCAACCGCCCUUUUGCUCUGCCUUAAUCUGGUUUUCUUCAACUUGGUUAGCUCAACUUAUGUACCUUGCCCACCAACACCUCCAUCUGGCCACCACCACCACCACAACAAAGGCAGCUGCCCAAGGGAUGCCCUUAAGUUUGGUGUGUGCGCCAACGUUUUGAACUUGGUGAAGGGGGUGGUAAUUGGUCAGCCACCCUACAAACCAUGCUGCAGCCUCAUCGAGGGUCUGAUUGAUCUCGAAGCCGCUGUUUGUCUUUGCACUGCCAUCAAGGCUAGUGUCUUGGGUAUUGACCUUAACAUUCCCGUUUCUUUGAGCUUGGUGCUCAACAACUGUGGAAAGAAGGUCCCAAAAGACUACAAAUGCGAAUAAGUCCGUAAUCAGUUCCCAUUCAUUACCUUACCUCGUUUAGCUCUACGUGUUUUGUUAAUUUUUGCUUCUCAUCAUUUUUUUAUAUGGGUUUAUAAUGUUUACCAUUUCUCGAUAAUUAUUCUUUUAUGUUACAGUACUAUGUAUUGCU